AGCCAUACAAAACUAGGCUUCAGUCUCCGCGGAUCGAGCUCUCCGUUGGCCAAGUAACAAGACGAAACACACCCCCCAGUCACCAAGGAACCAGCUGAUGUGGAACAAGAAGUCGCCAAUCAUCCCAAGGCGCCCACGAGUUUUACUAAAACCCGAGUUGCGUGCAUCGUACAUCCUCUCUUACUCGGUCGCCUCUUCUGGUCUUGCAAGGGUCUAGAUAGACUGGUUUCGCUGCUGCUCUGGAUUCUUCUUCUCGCCUUCUCCACUUGUUAUUUGCUCUCGUUUUGCUGCCUUGACCACGGAGGCAUCUGCUUCGGUGAUCACGUAGAGCAUAGAGGUGGUUCUUGGAGAAGCAGAAGUUCCGACUCCCUUGGCAGAGAGAGUAAGAAGGGGCGGAGGGGCCUUCUUUCUUCUGGAGACGAGAGACCAAAACAAAAGCUAUUUUAAUCAAGCUCUGUUCUUGUGUGUAGUUCUUGAUCAAGAAGGAGAAGGAGAAAAGGAAAUAAAUGGAAGAGGAAUACGGUGCAACUUCCAGAUACUAUUGCCACAUGUGCUCGCUGAUCAUACGGCCUGAGGUGGGCAUCGAGGAGGUGAAGUGCCCCCACUGCCACACCAGCUUUGUGGAAGAGAUGGCCGACGGCCGUCGAGGCAGCGACGAGACCAUCCCAGAUCGUGCUGCCGACGAGGCAAACGCGGAGGCUGCGGGGACGGAGCGCGAAGUUUCGCUGUGGGCGCCUGUCCUCAUGGACUUCCUCGCCACCUCGUCCGGCCGCCACGGCCUCGAGACCGCCGCCGCCGGCGACCCCGCGGCUUUCGCGCGAAGGCAGUACCGCAACAUCGCUGUCUUGCAGCUGCUCAGCGCGCUCCAGGAAGGUGACGCUGCCGACGCGGGGCGCGAGCGGCUCGUCCGCGUAAGCCCCGCGGGCGCGCGCGCCAUGAUCUUGCAGGAGCGAGGGGACGGCGCAGGCACCGGCGCUGCCCCGGGCUUCGGUGGUCUAACGCUCGGGGACCUGUUCCUCGGCCCCGGGCUGGACCUGCUGCUGGAGUACCUGGCCGAGACCGACCCGAGCCGGCAAGGCACGCCGCCUGCCAAGAAGGAGGCCGUGGCCACCCUGCCGACGGUCCGGGUGCGCGAGGCCGCGACCUGCCCGGUGUGCCUUGACGAGCUCGCGGCCGGCGGCGUGGCGCGGGAGAUGCCGUGCAAGCACAGGUUCCACGACCAGUGCAUCGUGCCGUGGCUGGAGAUGCACAGCUCCUGCCCCGUGUGCAGGCACCAGCUGCCCACAGAGGAGCCAACGGAGCCGACGGGCGCUGGCGACGUGCCCGGCGGCAAUGCGCGCGGCGCCCGCGGCAGCGACGGCGGACGCAGCGGCAGGAGGCAUUGGUACUCGUGGCCUUUUGGCGGGUUGUUCUCGCAAAGAUCGAACGGGAGCUCGUCGUCGUCGUCAUGAUGGCGAUGAAUACUGUACAAAUUAAGAAUAUGCGUACAAGUUUUUUUUCCCUCGUGUUCUACGUAACAAUUGGCGUACAUAGUUGUUUCUUUUGGGAUCGGUAAGGGAUUUUGGUCAUUGUAAAGAUGCAUUUGUUCUUCGUUCGAAUUUUAAUUUUGCUUUAAUUCAGGUGAAUGGAGAAUGUAUCUCCUGUUUCAGCACUGAGAUGAUCAUGUAAGAUGGGUUUUGUGCCACUAGUUGUGCCGUUAUCUUUCCAUGUCGUUAGGCACCGUGGUCCUGUCAGAACUUAAAGAACAGCAAUCUGAUCUCUUGACAUUUUUGGAUUAUAAAUCUAGAGCUUUCUGUCA